UACGACGGCGCGGCCGAGAAGACGUGUGCGCUCUGGACAUAUUGAUCUCAACGGUGCUUCUCAUUGUAUUAGUCUGUCGCGUAUACGUAUACGCGAGCUGUGCCCAAGUGUAAGUCUUUUUAAACAAAAAUCCCACUGCCAUGGAAAAUAUGUGAAAACUAAGUUAAGUGCAACAAAUUAUUGAGCGAGAAAUCAACGACACGAUAUUCAACGAUAAGGAAAAGUGAUAUAAAAACAAUGCACAAAUGAAGCUGCAACGACAUAAAACGACAUUCCACUGUCACAAAUCAGAGAAUCAACAAAAACACUGCCUGCCGCCCACUGCCCCACAAUGGGGCAACAUAAGGUUGCUGCCACUGGCGGCCCUGCUGCUAUUGUCCUCGUGCCAAGUGGGUCGCGCCCAACAGGCACAGCCACAGCCACAACAGGGGUUGCCCCCAGUGGCAGACAUGGAUGUGGAACUGCUGCAGGAGAAUGAUAUCGAGUUCGCCAGUCUCGAUGGCGCCACACAACUUUUACCCGCCACACGGCACUCGGCAGACGCCACCAUGACGCCGCCGCCGCCCCAGCUGUCGACAACAGCCCCGCUGACAUCAUCGUACACGGAGCUGCAGGGUGGCGAAAUCCUCAGCGAGCGCACUCUCCGGCGCAGCGAGAGCCCAUACCUGGCGCGCGAUGACCUCGAAGUGAUGCGCGGAGCACGCCUGACCAUCGAGCCGGGCGUCACCAUAGAGUUUGCUCCCACCAAGGGCCUCAAAGUUAAGGGAGUUCUACAAGCGGUGGGCACUCCCACCGCAAGAAUUGUGCUGAAAUCUCAGAGCAACACAGCAAACUACAAAAUGGAGCUGCCCGAUGAUCAGGAUAAGGGCAUACGUCUGGUGGAUGGACCCACGCCCGUCGAGGGCCGACUGCAGCUGUACCACAAAGGUGCUUGGCGUUCCGUGUGCUCCAAUUCCAGAAAUUGGACUCUGGCGGACUAUGGUGUGGCCUGCAAGCAGUUGGGCUAUCGAGGGGGACGCUUCUGGAACUGGGUGGAACGGACUCCAGGCUACUAUCCGCGACUGCUGUACGAGCAGCCCAAGUGUCGUGGCGGAGAGAAGCAACUGGUGGAUUGUGCCUGGAGUUCGAGGCAAAUGGGCGCUGGAGCCUGCGACUACCACAACGAUCUGGGCAUCCAGUGCCAGCCCGUGCAUGCGGUGCCACUGGGGCACUGGCGUGGCAUCUACUUCGACAAUGCACCAUCCACGAAGGCACUCGGCAGGGAUAACACGGUGUACGCGGCACGAUCCGAGUCACGACUGAAGUACGUGGACAUCAUAAGAGCGGGAAAUGGCGAAGGUUUCAGUGCAAAGUCCGCCGUGGAGGUGCAGGGUUUGCCGCCGCAAAUGGAGCACGUGGUGAUCAGCCAUUCGGCGUACACGGGAUUCAACAGCACCCUGCCGUGGGCUGGAUUCCAGCUGCAGAAUGUCACCGUGAGGAAGUGCAACGGCAUUGGAGUGUUUGUCAAUUCCAGCCAGGGAAUGGUGCAACUCGACGGCUGUUCCAUUGUGGACAAUGCGGCAGAUGGUGUCAAGUACGUGGGGCACGAUCUGCGCGGCACGGAGCGCAAGGAUCGUGCGAGCAUCUACGACUUUUGCACACUGCCCACCACCUCGGGGCAGACCUAUCCCAUUUCGCUGUCUUUCACACAGAAGUACUACGCGGGAUCGGUGAAGGAGUGUGGCAAGUACUUCUUCACGCGUCCCGGCUACCUGUUGACGCUCCACUUCGAGCACUUUGUGCUGAUGCAGAAUGAGACGGCCACCGUGGAGAUCUACGAUGGAGCCUCCACCAAUGAUCGGCUGCUGUUCCAGUGGCAGGCGAGGAACUACACGCGUCCGCAGAGUGUCACCACCACCAGGGAGAAGAUGUUUGUCCGCAUUCGCGCGGAUGCCAGGCAGGAGAUGAAUGGAUACUUCCGCAUCACCUCGGGCGACUCGGUGGCCUACGAUCUGCGCGUGUCGCAGUCCACGGUGGAGGAUAAUGGUGGCCGCGGUGUGGCCAUUGAUAACAUUCGCUCGAAGAUCCACGUGCACGGGAGUUCCGUGUCCGGCAAUGGCCAUGUGGCGGGAGUGCAUGUGACCAGCGGUGCGGGAGAUGUGAACAUAACCAGCUCCAACAUAAGCUUCAACAAUGGCGCAGGUGUAAACAUCACUUACUAUGGCGGAAAUCGAAACAUUUCCCGCUCCGCGCUGACUGCCAACAAGGGCUAUGGCAUGGCCACGUGGCUCAAUCACACCACGGACAUCGAUCGCGUGGAGUUUAUACCCUUCAAUCAGACCAGCGUCGUGGAGUACUCGCAGAUUGCCGGCAACCUGGAGACGGGCGUGUUCCACGGCAACUUCUGUCGCCCCAUUUGGGUGAACAUCACGGGCAACAGCUUCAAUGGCAGCCAGCAGAAUGACAUCUUCAUCGAGUCCUGCUACCAGGCCACAGCCAAUGGGCAGCCCAACAUGCAGCUGCAGCUGGGACACAAUCAGUUCAAGUACUCCCAGGCAAACUCCAUUAAUCUGAGUCCCGCCUUGAAUCUCCAAGGCAGAAUCGAGUUCAAUGUCUUCCGCUUUGGCAGCUACGGAUGCCUCUACGUGAACAACGACUACAUUUAUCCCGAGUUCAACUACUUCCCCGUCAAGCUAACCAUUCAGAGCAAUUACUUUAUGCGGAACAGCGGUGUCCAUGUGGUGUCACUCGGUCUGUCCCCGUAUAGCCGCGCGGAGGUCCAGUACAUUCUCUUCACGCGAAACUUUGUGCGGAGCAACAACAUCACCGAGGCCUUUGGCCCGCUGAUUGCUGGCAGUGAAGGCUCCGACGGGGCAGGCAGACUCAAUCCCAGAUCGAGGGUGGCUGCUCCUGUCGUGGUGGGCUCCAGCAACGUGGACAUCUAUCGGAACAUUCUGCACAAUCUGGACUCCAUGUACGAGAUUGGCUCACAGCUGACGGACCAGAGCAAGAUCAUCAAUGCCACCUGCAACUGGCUGGGCCACACCGACGAGAACCGCAUCUAUGCGCGACUCUUCCAUCGCAACGAUCGCUACAAUCUGGCCAAGAUCAACUACAUCCCCUACCUGCUGCACAGCUCCAAUCCGGGAUCCACUGCCAUGAUCACGGUCUCCACUGUGGUGCCUCGGUUCUUCCACGAGGGCAGCGACAUCAUUGGCGGCGAGGUGGAUGGCCAGGACAUGGUGCCAGCUGGCACCUACACCGUCACCAAGGACAUCAACAUACGACCCGGGGGCAAGCUCAUCCUGCAGCCAGGCACAACGUUGAGGUUCGAGCCAAGUGUGGGGAUGAUGGUGGCUGGGAAGCUGGAGGCCAGAGGCCGUCGACCCGAUGACAUUCUCUUCACCCUCAAGCGGGAGACCAUCAUUGGGGAGCACAACGACACGGAGACCAUCGAUUUGGACAGCGAAACGGAGGCCAUAGACAUGGAAACGGAGGUUAUACCUUCGAAUGGGAUACCCAGGAUCCCCGUGCGCCUGGUGGGCGGUUCGGGUGCCAAUGAGGGCCGCCUGCAGGUGUACGUGAAAGGCCGCUGGGGCACUGUCUGCGACUACGGUUGGAAUGUGCUGAAUGCCGCUUUGGUGUGCCACCAACUUGGGUACUCGCUGAACCCACAGGACUGGCGAUUGCUACGCUCACAGCUGCCCAAUGCUGGCACCUCCGAGGACAUCCUGGUGGCCAAUGUGCGCUGCACGCUGCAGGACAAAGAUGUGACCCAGUGCCGGGCGGAGUACGAGUUCGAGAACACCUGCAGCCACGAGAAUGAUGUGGGUCUGAGGUGCUACGAGGGCGCCUGGGCGGGUGUACGCUUCAGCAUGCUGGCAGAGCGAGCAGAUCUCCAGUACGUGACCGUGGAGAAGGCAGGACUCUUCGACUACACCACGAAUGCGUUCAAGCCUGCCGUGCAAAUGGAUCACGCGCGACACAAUCUGGAGAACGUGCGAGUGGUGAACAAUCUGCAGGAUGGACUGGGCAUCAUCUAUGCGGACAUUUAUGCCGGCAAAUCGGUGAACAACAUCAAGAACUCAGAGUUCUCGGGGAACCAGGGCAGCGGCAUAAGCUUCAAGCAGCUGGAUUUCCGCAUCUCUGGCUCCAUCAUCAAGGAGAAUCGCGGCAGUGGCAUCUCCCACGAUGCGGUCAUCUCCGCGCUAGACCAGAAGGAAAUUGGCGGCUGGUUCAACAUGGCCCGGGACUUCAAUGCCUACGAAACGGACUACGAUCCGUACUUGCUGCCCCACGAGGUAGCCAACAUCGAUCUGGGCACCUUUGAGCACAAGUACAUCCGCACGGAGGAGCUGCUGGGCGUGUCCAUCAAUCGCAAGAUCGUGGUGCAGUGCCCCGCGGGCUAUGUCAUCGGCAUACAGCUCCUCAAUCCCAUCCACAAUCUGUCCACGGAGAGCAUCAGCAUCCUGAAUGCGCGCACGGAGAACAUUCGCAGCGACUUGUGGCAGGUGAAGCGCGAUCUGAAUGUGUUCCCCGUGACGAGCAGCAGCUAUGGCAUCAUCAUUUACUACGAGAGCGGGCACGAGGCCCUCGGAGGAGCUGUGCUCAUGCUGAGUACAGUCACCGCUCCAGUGCAAAACAUUCGGAAUCGCAUAGUCAGCGGCCCAGUGCCCACACUCGUCAUACGCUCCACGAAGAUCCAGAAGAAUCUGCGUGGCAUUACGGGCAGCUACUACAACAGAUACAUCGGGGAUAAUGGCGAGAACUAUCUGCGCAAGGCCAACGAGUCGAUUCGUUUGAUCAACUCGGAGCUGAGCUACAACGAGCGGGAGGCGAUCCUGAUUCGCUCGCCCUUUUGGGAUGUCAUUUCCAGCAAUCUCUCGGAGGUGACCAUCCACGUGAAUGGUUCGUUGAUUGCCCAGAAUGGCCAUGGCAUACGACAGAUGUCCAAGGAUCUGCGCUCGUCCAACAAUCUCUUCCAUUAUGUCAUCCAGGACACCACAGUGGAGCAGAACACCCACGGGGGCUUCCAGGUGGCACUGCCCUACGUCUGGCAGUACAACGAGAACUUUACCCACUCGAUAUACUUCGGGAACAGCACCUGGCAGCGGAAUCGCGACUUUCACAUCUCCAUCCACGGCCACUACACGGUUUUCAACAUCACUUCGAAUGUCUUCAGGGAGAACAACUGCCCGAAUGCCCUCAUCGCACUCGAUGGCAUGGAGAAGCGUCUGCGCUUCGACAACAAUCGCUUCGAGGGCAAUAAUGCCAAGUUUGUGCUGCUCUUCAAAGCGGAUUCGUUGAGUGAAAUCAUCGGCCAGGUGCCCGCCAGCAUAGAGUACAACAGCUUCAAGGAUAAUCGCAUUGUGAGCCUCACGGCGGACUACCGACAUCACUACCUGAAGGCGGUGCGGAAGCUGCGAAAACAGCAUCGACUGCCCACCGCUGUGAUCCGCUUGGAUGGUGUCCAGAAUGUGCGACUCUAUCGGAACUUGAUAGCGGAGAAUGACAUGGACUACAAUCUGGUGGCGGGUGUACGUUCUGCCAGACUAAACAACUACUUUGAGGCCAGGGAGAACUGGUGGGGCACCAAGGACACGGCGUACAUCGAGUCCAAGAUCUUUGACUUUGACAACUGGAACGAUCACGCGGAUGUCAUCUAUCAGCCCUUCCUCAUCGAGGACAGCUACGAUGCGAGUGUGUCCGUUGUGGUUCCCUUCAAUCAGGAUCGGGAGAUCGAUUUGUACACCUACCGUGGAGGCAGAGUCUACAAGGAUCUGACGCUGCUCAAGCAGAGUUCUCCGUACUACAUCGGCUCGGACAUCACGGUGAUGCCGGGCAAAACGCUGACCAUUAAUCACGGUGUGACCAUGGAGUUUGAGCCGAAUGUGGGCAUCCUCGUGCUGGGCACACUGAUGGCCAUUGGCUACAAGGAGUCGCCGAUUGUGAUGCGUCCCUUCCGCAAUGCCACACGCGAGUCCAUGGUGGAGGCACAGCCCCGCAAGCGUGCCCUGGAGGACAUGAGCGCGGCCCUCACCGACUUUGACUCCAUUCGACUGUGCACCAGUGCCAACAAUUGCACGGGCGAGGCGGAUGGGCUGUUCGGGUUGAAUGAGGGCUUCCUGGAGUACUUCAAUCACACGACGCUGCAGUGGGUGCCCAUAUGCGAUGGUCGCUUCACCGAACGCAAUGCCCAGGUCGUGUGCCGGGAGCUGGGCUUCGAUCCGCUGAAUGUCUACUAUGGCCACGACAGGCGCAUUGAGUUCCACACGAACUCGUUGACUCGCAUUUGGUCCUGGGUGCAGCCGCUGGAGUGUCGUGGCGAUGAGGAGCGCAUGGAGGAUUGCGCGGAGCGACUCAAUGGCCAGCUCUACGGACAUCGCCACGAGUGCAAGUGGGACGAUGUCUACGUGUUUGUCAGCUGCAACAGUGUGGCCGAUGAUGAGGUCUACUGGGGUGGCAUCCGCUUUGCCAACUCAAAGUUUGAGGAGAUCCAGUACGAGCAUCGGCUGCACAACACUCGCUCACAUGCGCGACUGCCGCUGAGGGAGAGCCAACUGGAGUACGUGAGGAUCGAGCAGGCGGGCAUCCUGCACAACCACAAGGCAGCCGCCAUCCAGGCCAUCCACAAGAAUCCCACCAUAAGCUCUGUGAGCAUCGAGAACUCGGCCAAUCAUGGCAUCAAUCUGAUUGCGCCCAGUGGCAAGCUCAAUCUCAAUCAUUUGAACAUCAACAAGACCCUCGGCACAGGCAUCAGCAUUGUGUCGCUCACGGGCGAAGGGCGGGACAGCGAUGAGUCCAGCUUUUCCCCCCUGAAGAAACUCGAUCUGCCGUACAAACUCUUCUCUCUGGUGGACAUAUGCGAUCCGCAGAAGGUGCUCGACAUUGAGGAGCGAAUGCUCAUCUACUACAAGUACGACAAUAAUCCCGUCAACUGUGUGAAGAUCUUCACCUCGGCAUUCCGUGCCAAACCCAUUGGCUUCCGCUUGCUGCAGUCCAAUCUCUUCAAUCACUCGAAGCUCUAUGGCAGAACGGACUUCAUCAAGCUGUACGACGGGGACAUCUACAAUGUAACGGCCACCUAUCUGGGCAAAAUUGAAUCGGACACGGACAAUCAGCGCUCCUUCUUCAAGACCAAAGGCCCAACGAUGAGUCUGCAGCUGGUGGCGAGUGGUGCACCCGAGACGCAUGGAUUUAUCGCCGAAGUGGUGACAGUUCCCAUCUCCACUUUGGGUCAAAAUCGUGAUGCCCUGCACAACAUUACGGAUACUCACAUCUCCGGGGCCAUGAAGGGCGCUGUCAGCUAUGCCUCAGCGGGUGAGGUGACCCCGACAUUGACCCUCAUUGGCAAUCGCAUUGAGAAGAAUUGUCGCCAGUUGUAUGGUAACUUUUCCACCUGCGCCUCGGCACUGAAUUUGGAUGUGCAGAACAUGAAUUCCAUGUACUUCAUGAACAAUCUCCUCGUGGAGAACCAAGGUGGCCUUCGCAUUCGCGCUGAUUCGCGAGGUUCCGCCACCUCCCUGCGUGGCUUUAUACAUCACAAUCUGUUCAUGAGAAAUCGCAAUCGUCCUGCUUUGUAUGUGGAAGGACGUCAGUCAUCGCCGUACCAGGAAGUGGAGCUCUAUCGCAACUACUUUGCCCAGAAUAAUGCUGGCUAUGAGGAUGUCAUUCGGCUGUGCCAAGUGGUGUCCAACUUCAGCUACAAUUAUGUCCACAGCAACAUGGGGGGACGCAUCAUGGAGGUGUCUGGCUUCGAGAAAGUACGCCUGCAGAUCUAUCAAACCACAGCGCAUAAUGGUUUCUAUAGAAAUGUGGCCACCAAUUGGAUGUCUAGAGCCACAGUUGUGGCCGGCACUGCGGGUCAGCAAUAUGUGGAUAAUAUCUUUGAGAACUACGAGAAUGAUUACGAGCUGCUGACUGUCAAUAAUUCCAUUAUGAGUUUUGACUAUGAAAACAGGACCUUCGAAACCUGGAGCUCGAGAAUCGAUGCGCGACACAAUUAUUGGAGCUACAACAAUACCAUAUCGGUGCAGUCGCGCAUUAAAGAUAAAUCAGACGAUCCCAUGCUGCUGGAAGUCCUUGCCGUGCCCUUCCAAAUGAACAAUGAAACCAUUUUGGAUGGCAAAUGUCCACCGGGCUGGGCGCUCGUCCAUGACACUUGCUUCAUUUAUGUUGGGGCACCCAUGACCUUCCAUGAGGCGCGGGAUUUCUGUCGCUCGGAGAACUCCACGAUGCCCUUUUUGAGAACAGAUAAGACCACCCUCUGGAAGUAUCUGCAGAGCCAAAUGCGGCAUCUAAAGUAUCCCGAGAAGGUGUGGAUACAGGACUACAAUCACAUCGAGCGCUGCACGAGCUUUGUCUUCGGGGAGAUUGAGGUGGAGGAUUGUGGCAGGGAGCGGGGUUUCAUCUGCGAAAUGGAUCCAAGAGUAAUCAUUGAUCCCUUGUCGUGGCGUGCUGACAUUUUUGCCAUUAGUAUUAUCUCGGCCUUCGUGCUGGCCAUCAUUCUGCUCAUUCUGGUGGCCUUCUGCUGGUUCGCCAAGUCCAAGCAUCGUCAUGUGCAGCGUCUGCAGCGGCGGAACAGCAUCCGGCAGAGUCUGCGGAGUCUCAACAGCAUCGAUCCGCAGGGCUCCCUGCGCCGGCGACCCAAUUAUAACAUGUCCAGCAACGGCACACUGUCCAAGAGCCAGGACUACAAGCAAAUGGUGGCCAAUGGCUCCAUUGACUCCAUGGACAAGAGCGUCCUCAGCUCCAACUUCGAGGGCUACGAGCAGAAGCCACACUACAAUGAGUAUGUGAAUCAGAAUGCCCUGCGGCCGGCGCAGGCCCCAGGAUCACAGGAACACCAGCAGUCAUCCUCCCCCCACAAGGUGGCGACCAUCUCCAAGGCCACGGGACAUCGAGCCAGAGCUGCAGCUGCAGCUGCCGCGGCAGCCGCCCUACCACCCACGGAUGCCUUCGAGUUGAGUUACCGCAACGAGGGCUUCCGGGAUAACUCCACCUACGGCGGCGGCACCAGAGCCAACUCGAUAAGCACCAGCGUGGCCGAGGACACGCCCAUUAUCCAUCAAACGGAUGCGGAGGGAGAGGAGGUGGGCUCCGAUUACUACGGCAAUGCCAGCACCCUGCCCCUGAGAACAGACACGGGUGGCAGCAGCACGGGCGGUGUGUCACGCGGCAGACGCGGGCAGCCGGGUCUGGCGUUCCUCAGCGAACUGAAGCAGAAUCUGCCCGAGUAUCAGCGGAGCUCUCACAGCAGCUUCAUGCCACAGAGGAGCAGCGGCGAGUCGCUGCCCUUCGAUCAAAAGUUGGACCAAUUCAACUACUCCACAGAGUCGUCGCUGUACCGCCCGGCGCCAUCGGUGCCUGCAGCUCAAACCCCGCAGCAGCAGCAGCUGGAUAUGCGACGUCCAGACUCGUAUUAUACAGCCGUGAGGAGCAGCAAGGCGCCCACAUCACACUACCGGACACCACGUCCGUUGGCCCAACCGCCUGCAGCGCCCACAGUGCAGGCGCGACCCAAGACUGUCUACCAGACGGCAUCCGAGGAGUCCUCUCCCACGACGCCCUCGCCGCUGGCCGUGACCAAUGCCUAUCAUCGAUCCAAGUCGGAGGCGCUGCUGGAGACCGAUUUCGAUCACGAUGAUGGCGCCGGCGGACUGCAGCCGCUGCAAACGAACGGACGGAGUCACAGUCAGCCCCUGGAGACGGCUAUGUGAGGCGGGAGGGGAGUUUCAGCUCCAUUUCAUACUCUAAUUAACGCUCACUUUACACUACACAACACAACACAACACAACACUUUCUAGUUUUUUAGUUUUGCAUCAUCCAAACCGAGAUUAUGCUAGCCGACACGAUCGAUAUUGAGAGACGAACACGCCCGCCCGUUGUUGUUUUUUUUUGUGGUAUACUUAGAUCAUUCCAUCCAUUAGUUAUAGUGCAAAUUGAAUUAGAAUCGAAAAUACGAAUUAGCUGUAAGUUGUUGUAAAUAAACAUAUGAGAAAAUGACUACAAAUUAAAAGAAA